CAUUGUGAUUUGGAACAAAAAUAUCUGUUUUAAAUAUAAGAAAGUAGAUGAUUUGAUUCUGAAAAGGUGACUUUACAAUUUAUUGGGAUUAAAUUAUAAGUAUGCUUCUGCUUACUUUGUUCACAUCACUAUAACAAAGGUUUGAUUUUCAAGGUUGUGUGGCAUUUGGAAUGGGCUUUGCGUUUAUGUGGGGGUGAUGUUUUGUAUUUUGAAUACAAAGCAACUCCUGUUGCUUGUUUUAUUGUUGUAUUCGUUGUUUUCAAAGGGACUGAAAGGGAUCUCUCCGGAUAUAUACACUGAACCCAACGAAUUAGCUUUUGAAGUCUACAAUCCAAAUGACACGGCUGAAAAGUCGUUUUUCCUUAUACAACCUGCUAUUGAAGGAUCUAUUAUAGCUCAUCUUGGAUCAUAUAACUCAACGCAUUUUUAUAAAAUGGCAAGCAUAAAUGUAUUCUUGAAUUCACACCUAGUUUUCGUGUACAAAUCAUACAAUUCACCACUAUAUGCGCUUUGUUCAUUAGAAAACAACUACUUGGUUGCACAUCAAGAUACGAUCAUACUAUGUUCUUUCCGCGUUUACAUACAAUCUUUUGAUGCACAUGUUUUUAGUAAUUCUUCUUGCACUAUCCGCACCGUUAAUGAGUCUGAAUGUGUUGCUAAGCUUGAUUUGGACUUUGUGAACAUGCAAUUUCACGCAAACAAUAGGGAGUCUCUAAGUUUGCUAGUGAAAUACAAUGCAACAGCAUAUCAGGUAAAUCGAACUGGACAGUAUCUUAAUUUCAUGGAACGGUCGGAUAUAACACACUCUCUGAUACACCAGUCACAAAUUCUUCCUUCUGUAACGGCGAUCAAAAAGAUGGAUUUUGAGUGGAAAUAUAUUUAUGAGGAUGUAUCAAACGUAUCACUUGUCCAUAUUGGCAUUCCAAGUGUCCGUCUAAACCAAAAGUUCCCUGUGAGAAUCGCUGUAAAUAUGAGUUCCAAAACAAAGGAAUUUCGUUUGGGAUUUCAAUUUGGACCAAGUAUACGCUUUGUACGACCUAGACCUUCAAGACUAUGGAAUGCUAAGGUAACACCAAAUCAAUAUGGUAUUACUGUCAGGUUUCGAAGUAAGAAGUUGGAUACCUUAUUGAAAUCUGGAGGACAAAUUAGUGAUAAAAAUUUAAUGAAUGUCGCUGAAUUGAUUAUGGAAUAUAUUGUUGAAGAGAAUCACUCCCCGGGAAGUGGUUACAAUUUCCUCAGUGUUAAUAACAAUGAUGCUAUUGGUGUUAGUUCUGGUAGCGGUUCAACCAUCUCAAUGAAUCACUUUAAAUCAGAUCGUCUGGAUACUAAUGAUCUACACGGAUUGGAUAGUGAAAUAUUCUUAGAAGGGUCAUCUGAUGAUCUUGAUUUAGACUUUACUGAAAAUGCCGAAAAUACUAAUAUUGUAAAUAACAGAAACAGCAAUAACAAUAAUGCGGAUGAUGAUAAAAAUUCUUAUUCUUCACUUACUAACCAACCAUUUAUACAAGUUAAACUAAUUCAUUUUAUGCGUCAAUCAAAUUCUAGUAAAAUUAUUCCACAAUCAUCAGCAAAUAAUUUAAUUAAUUUAGAUGUACCAAGUUUAUUAAUGCAACCGAAUAAUAUGCAUAUUUUUGUUCAAUUUGAGCCACGUGAUAUCAUAGAACCGCCAUGGUUCCCAGCUGUAUCAACACCUGAACCGCGUAAACUACGAAUUCUUGGAUUAAUACCUUGGCCUAAGGAAACACCUCUGGAUGGUGAUAAGUUCUACAGUUUCCCGUUUAGUACACCUCCUAUUGGAAAAAUUGUUGAUCUUACACGUUCAGUCUUUUGUCGGCCGUCUACAAGCAUUGGAUUAGGGGAUAGUCGACCAGAUGUUAUCACAUCAUCUAGUCCCACUUGUUCAAUUUCGAUGAGGCAAGCACCUGAAGAAAUAGAGAAUAUUGGCGCCUUUCCUAAUGAUGGAUUUUUACGUGAUCUGAAAUUAAAUAUACUUAAUAAAGCUGCUGGUGGAUUAGGAAUGCGAUUUGGUUGGGUUGAUCAGCUAGUAUUGGCUUUACCAUCUUCAGUAGAACAAAAUUACCAUAUUCCGAUUGCUCCCAGCAUAUACGGUUCUAUUUCACUUGAUGCUUUUUGGCCGUGGAGGGAUUGGCGUGGACCAACUGUUAGACGAUGGAUGCUAGAAGGCUUUCAGAUACAUGCAACUAGGACUGUGCUAAGGAAAAUUGUGUCUUGGAAGAUUCCACAUACAUCUGCAUCAAGUAUUAAUUAUGGUGCACCAAGUCGGGUAACAGAAAAUGAAUCGAUUCAUGGACUAGACCGUUAUGAACAAACAUUGAUUACAGUUACAGCAAGAAUAUAUACAAUGAAGCCUGGGACUGGUCAACGUAUUUAUUUAGGUUCUUCAUUCUCCGAUAAACAAUACAGUUCAUCUGCAUAUUCAAUGCCACCGCAUUUCAAUCAAUUCCAUGCACAUGAAGAUGGUUCUAGUGAAAUGAGAUUUGAUAUAACCAGAUUACUACCACUUUGGUCUUUAGUCGUCAAAUCAGUAAGAUCUUCUCAUCCAUCUUCUGAAAUCAACGAAGAAGCUGGUGGUGGCGGUGCUGCUUAUUUACACCGUGAUGCAUUUAGUGGUAGACCAUAUUUAAUUGGACGAUUUCCAGGAAAAGUAGAGCUAAACUUAGUUGCUACUCUUGGUGAUAUACAACCCUUAUCAACCUUAUCGAUUGAAGUUGUUGAUUUAAGGAGUCCACAGGAUCAGCCGAAAUCUGUGUAUGCUGAUAAUCCAGAUAUAGUUGCAUUAAAAGCUGAAUGUGUUGACCCACAUUUAGAACUUUCUGGUAACCUCAUUCCAGCUGCAGCCUCAAAUAAUCACAUUUAUAAUUCACAGGAUAUAUAUGACAAGGUUCGUUCUCAUUUACCUGCUGAUGAGCCACCGAUAACAAGGAUUCAGGAUAAAAGUCUUCCUAAUCCACAUAGGUUAAACAUUAACCUAAUUGGAAGAAGUCCAAAUGUUGUAAAUCUAGUCACUGCUGCUGCUUCGUCCACAAUCAGGCAUCCUCAGUCAUUUAAAUUCAAAGUGAUACAAAAAGAUCAAAAUCCUGUUAGAAUAAUGGAUACAAUGGGACCAUUAGUUUCUUCGGCAGUUUGUCCAAUUCACUUGCUUGUUAUCAACCUUAUUUUAUCUGAUGGAAGUACAAUUAGUGCUCAUACUAUUCCAAAAAAUCAAAUUCGAAUAUCGUCAUAUGGUACACAGUAUGUUUGGGACCCUGCUGUUCCAAUUCGUCCUAAUACUGAGGAUGGAGAACAACGAGUAAAUAUUACUGUCCCAAUAAACAGUUUAAUUAUUUGGCCUGCAAAAAUAACUGAUAAAGGUGAUACAACCCAUCAUGCACUACCUUUGGCUAUUAUGGAUGAUGUCUUUGUUUAUAUUCGAAAGUCAGGGAUGGUUCAAGACCCUGGAAACCCACAGAACCCAGCGAUAUGGUUUACUAGCGCUAAAAAUGACAAAAUAUCAGAAAAGAUCUUACAUCCAGACAAUCAUGGGAAGGAUUCUUCAGCUGUAUCGUCGAGUGCUGGAUCAUGGCUUCAGUUCAGUACUUUACUAACACUCAGUAAUGCAGACAAUUCAAUGAAGUCGAAUAACCAUAAAAAUCAGUAUUCACAAGCGGUUCCACUCGUAACCUACAUGUUGGUUUCUGUCGGUUGUUUAGCACUUAUUCUGUUAAUGAUUACAUGUUCAGUAAUAUUAUUUCUUCGUAAGAAGCAUUUAAGUCAUCCAAAAACUGAAAACAAAAGUCAAUUCAAUCUUCUUUCAAAUUAUGAGGGUAGAUUUAACGAAAGAUCAAAUCAUUUUGAUUCAGAUGAACAAAAUUACAUCGAGGAUAAAAUUAUUAGUGGUCGAUUAACAGCAUCCCAUAUGACUUCUUCAACAGGAGAACAAUCUAAACAAUUAAAUGUUACACCCACAUAUUGUAACAAAAAUUCUGGACAAGCCUUAAUUGUAGGAGGGAGUGGAGCAAGUUCUUCUCCACAUUGUAUAGAAGGUCGAACACAGUUGGUAUCUGGACGAAGUUGCAGUAGUAUGGGUAGCAUGAACAGUGGUACAUUUAUCAAUACCAAUAUUAAGCAUUCUAUGAUAGUAGAUACAACUGUAAAUCCUUAUUUCAUAUGUUCUGAAUCCUCAUCAUCCGGUAGACUUCAACAUGCCUCACAACACAGUUGUUCUACAAACUUAUCACCGAUAAACACUCCUGGUUUGAUAAGUUAUCAAACGGAUUACAAUAAUUCUGUCCCCCAGGGAAACUGGAAUACACCUACAACAAACUUGUUAGUCCAUCCAAAUCAUCAGCGACAGAGUUCCUAUUCUAAUACAGGUAAUACAGACAAAUGUUUGUUAUGGCCUAUGGGGCAUCAUGUCGGUGGACAACCAUGUAACGGAGAUUACACUAGUGGUCUUGGUUCUGUUGGUACAGCUGAAGGGUGCAGUGAUGAAGGUGUCGCUUCUGGAAUCGAAGUAAACAGCUUAUCUCAAGAAUUAAAUAACAAUACUAGUGGAGGAAUAACCCACUUUCCAGGUUCAAUGAGAUGUAAGUUUAGCUCCAAUACUCACUCCCAAAGGCAUACUCCUAACGGUUAUUGCUCAGCUCAUGAAAGCCUCGGUGGUAGAAUCAAUAGCAAUGGUAACAAUGUUUCGAUAAAUCACUCUAGAGAUGCAUCAAUAAAAUGUAAACACACUAUGACAAGUACAACUAUUGAUGAUAAUAAUGGUGUUUGUGUAGGCGGUGGAAGCUUAAGCGGAACUAGUAGUGGAGCGGAUAUAUCAGAAUAUCGACAAACUAGGGGGCAAUUUGAUUCACGCUGUCAAACAAAAAACAAAUUAAACAGCCAGCCAAGUAAUACUGGAUACAUUGUAUCAAGUCAGACUGAUGGAGGCAUAGAUUCAAAUUGUUCCCAACGUUUAACAAAUGUAUCUAAGAUCAGUGAUUUCAUAGGCGAGCGUAGUCCAAAGUCAAAUUGUAAAAUUAAUCAGAUGUUUGAAAGUUUUAUACAUGAUAGUCCUCAAAUCACAUUCACUGCGGAUGCUGGAGACGACUUCCAACGGAAAAUGUUAUCUGGGGAAAAUAACAUAGUAGCUAAUACAAUGUGUACAAAUGCAAAAGACAGUAUGAUUAAUAAAAGUAAAUCUACAUAUGGCUCAAAUAAUCAGAACCUGCAUUCUACAGUCAAUCCCAUUGGUGAAGAUUAUGAUGGAUUUGCUGUUCAUGUGCCUCCUAUGAUGUUACUAAAUAAUCGUAUUAACUCCACAACUUUGACGAAACCUUUAACUAAUUCUCCACUACUUUUAAAUCGGCCUUAUGAUAUCGAUGAGUACAAUUCAUAUGAAAGGAAGCAGACAUCACUUGGUUAUAAAAGAAGUGAUAGCUUUGGUAUGGCAACUCAUCGAAUACAAUCAGAUCAGGAAGGCUGUAUGCAGAAUGAUGAUUUAGCACAAAAAAUAACUUUUAAUUCAGACUACUGUAGUCUGUCUAAUAAUGAUAAACAAAGUAUCUUUCUACAAGAUUCUAUGGUUGGUGGUGCAAUUGAUGAAAUGAUUGGUGAUAGUUCAGAUGUCACUGAUGAUGUUGGAUUUCCUCAAAAGUUAAAUGAUAAGAUUAUAGAAAAAUCUGAAAAUCAUAGUAAUCGAUCAAAUUCAGAUGGACUGUCUUACUUACACAAUAUACCACCUCCUGAAGUUUAAUUAAUAUUCAAUGAUUUUUCUUCUUAUUCAUAUUUCAGAAAAAAGCAUUAUGAAAUAGGAUCUAUUUUCUAAUGUUUUUCUAAUGUCAGGAAAAUAGGGGAUUCGCUCAACUUAUUUAUCCUCGACACAUUUGACUUUCUGGUAUCAACCUACUUCCUAAGUUAUAAGUUUUAUUGUGGAACAACUACAUAAAUCUAUAGUUGUCGAUUCUUUAACAUUCAUUUUCAUCACUCAAACUCUGUGUGUUUACCUGUGAAUUAUUUUCUUACUAAUUAUCAUAUAAAUAGGCUGAAUUUUAAUACCCAACUGGUGCCUUAUGUACAAAAUAACAGCCUAAGUUGAUGUGAAGUUUUCAUAAAUAUGCAUUUUUUUUAAACUGAGCACCACAGAUCUAUUUACACCCCGAAGUAAAACAAACUACUUACCACUAACAAAUAAUAAUUUUUUUUAAAUCCUUCUCAUGACUUUGAAAUGUAUUGAUUUUAUUGAUUUAUUAUUAUUUUUCUUUUUACCUUGAAGUAUAUAUAUAUAUAUAUAUAUA